GCUCGUGCGGGGGCCAGCCUGUGACAACGGAGCCAUGGCCGAGCACUGCCUGCUGGGACCGGCACAGCAGCUGCCCCCCAGAAGAGGAUGGCGGAGAGACCCCCCAGCCGCCCCAGGGUGGCCUGGCAGGAGCAGGUGGAGGAGGCCGGGGUCCUUGCGGAGAGCAGCAGCCAGCCGCAGCCCCAUGAGGGGUGUGUGCCCCAGGCACUGCUGAUGGCUCCCAGCCUGGCUCUUCCCAGAGAGGAGGCGGAAGCCCUGGAGCACCUGCAUGCCUUUCUGAGCCACCGAGGAAAGGAAGAGGCCGAGAAGCUGCGGUUUCUGGCCUCUGUCUGCACUCUGUGCACAGCGGCCAGCUCCAACGCCUGGUUACGGGAGCAGCUUUGGCUGUGCAGAUUGGAACUGGCUGAGACGCUGGAGCAAAGUGCAUCUGGUUCCGGAGAGCGAAAACAACAGCCUGCUGCAUGCCUGCUUCUGCAGCGUCUUCUCCCUGCCUCCAAGGGAGGAUGCACAGAGCCUGAAUGCUUCCCUCUACUCCAAGACCCUGGACGCCAUGGACAGCAUGCUGCAGGUGUUGGUGCUCAGCUGCCCUGCCUCUCAGCUGCUGGAGAUGCAGAUCAUCCUGAAGGUCCUGCUGCCCUUCACGGAGUCCAAGCAAGCAGCUGCGCGUGUGAGGGCCGUGGGGCGGAUUGCCAGUCUGGUGAGCUCUUCCUUGCUGCAGCUCCCUCAUGA